AUGGCUGAGGGAGCAUUCGGUAAUUUUCGCUUUAUGAACAAAGGAAAAGAAAAGAAAGAUAAAGCAAGCAGUCUGCAUCACGAGCUCCAAAUUGAUAUAAUGAAAAGUGAGUGCAAGCUGUUUGAUCAGUUUCUAUUGGUAUAUUCCUGUGCAUCCUUAUUUCUUCUUUAAUUAGCGAGCAAAAUGAUUAGUAAAUUAAUAUUUUUAGAAAAUUAAAUCUUCUGAUACAAAAUAUUAUAUAUGUAUAAUUCUCAAUCAUAAUAAUGAAAUUCUAUUAAACUGGAUUUUUUACAAUAAAAUAUUGAAUCUAUAGAAUUUAAAAUCCGAAAAAAAUUUAGGAUUUCUUGGUUCUUAUCAAUAAUAUUUUUGCUCACUCCCCCCCCCUCCGUGAGUGAACAAAACCAUUAGAAAAAUCGCUAUUUUUUGCCCAAAAACCCACCCUCCGUGAGUGAACAAAAAUUUUUAUUGACAAAAAUUUAGAUAUAUAAAUGAUAAUUAGUAUAAUGAAAUCUAGAGCUAAUUCUGUUUAAUUUUAAACGAAUUGCUUUUUAAAACAUAAAUUUUAUAAAUUAAAUUAAUCUUUGCUUUCCAAUUUUUGCGAAUUAGGAUUUUUUUAAAUUUCGAAAAAAAAAUAUUUUUUUAUAAAAUUUUAUAUAUAAAUUUUUUUAAAAAAAAAAAUUGACCCCCUCCGUGAGUGAACAAAAUUUUUUUGUUCACUCACGGAGGGGGGGGGGGAGUCAGUAAGAAUUAGUAAUUUCAGUUCUCGCACUUGUUCUCGAGUCUUUCCCGGAGUGAAACGCAGCUGUUUGCCUUAUAAUUUCCAUCUUAAUAGAUGCAGUGGGGAUUUUCGCUUCUAUCAAGAAUAUUUAUUCUCUGAAAGAAAUGAACAACAUGAAGAUUCGCAAGACUUUGAUUUAUCUCCUUGGCUAUUGUAUUGCCCAGGUAUUUCACGCAGUGCUGUACUUUUCUCUGAACUCUGCUGAUAUUGUGGAUGAUUUCCAUACAAAUUAUGGAAUUGGAUAUACUUAUGUUAUUGGCGGAAUGAUAUUAGUCGUUUUUAUUAUUGCAGCAUUUGGGCUCUACUUUUUACAACAGAUCAAAAUCCUGGCUGAUACCAUUGCUGCUAUUAAUGGACUUACUAAGAAUAAAGAAGCCACUUAUAGGUCAAGGGUUGGAGUUCUAGAUAACUAA